UGGCGAGGCUUACAAAUAGUAACAUGGCGGCCGUGUGGCUGACUACAAACCUUGAGUUUAUUUGCACGUAGUAGAUUACAAAACGCCGUAGUAGUUGUUCUGUUAUUAAAAAUGUUGUGCUCCUUCAUGAUUUUUUUAAAGACUUGAUUGUAAAUGGUCGUACCCGUUCAUUUAUUGCUUACUUUCGAUUUCUUUUCUUCGUUUUAGUUCCAACUGAAAUAGACGAGGUAAGGAGUGAAUUAUUCAUCGUUUACACUUACGAUCUGCAUUAAACUUUGAUGUGGAACAGAAUUAUUUCCUGAAUGUUAAGUUUCUGAGCAUGGACGAGUUGUCUUUGCAUUGAUUGUCCAAAUGCGUGACAGCAGACUUCGUGCGUGAUAACAAAUGUCACGUACUCCAAACACUUGUUCCCAAAUUACCCGGUCACCCAAACAAACAUGUCGCAUGUGGUUGCAUACAACUGAUAUUACACAAAAACUGCACGUGCAUGUGGAUAAUUUUGUUUACAGCGGAUAUGAGCGGGUCUAAGAGUUAAGUACGUUAGGGUUAAGAAAUUCUAAAGUUGUCAUUUCUUUUUCAAUCCUAACAAUUAAUACAUUAUUUGUUUUAAACUUUGAUAACGUUAAAUCAUCAUUGGCACGUUGAUCAUAAUUUUGGGAGCUAUGAAGUUUUUCUAUGUUUGGUGGCAGUUAUUUUCAUAGGGUCAUUGUAUUGACUUAACUGUUUUCUUUGUUCUGCACUCUCAGAAGCGUAACAGAUUAUUACAACGAAGAUGAACCUAUUUUUCCUUGCGAAUAACAAAACAGUUGUUUUUAUCCUUUUUGUUAACAGUCAUUAAAAGGUCAACCAGGUGAAAAAGGAAGCAAAGGAAGAGGGGUAAGUAUCAAUUUGAUUAUGAAGUUAAUCAGUGCAUCGUCACUGAGAAUGUAAACUAUAGUGUUACAAAUUUUGAAAUCAGUAACACCAGAAAUACACUUUACCCCGAAAGCUUAACCUUAAGCAUACAAUCUUGCCAACCUUGCAUCCCUAUCCUCGUGGUUAAAAUGCAAAAUUAACAAUGCAAAUUUCAUGUCAUGCUUGAAAAAAAACCUGUAACACUUUACAUGUGUUGCCAAAAAGCAGUUUAGUGAAGGACUCAAUUUGCAAAGCUGGAUGGCUGUAUAUUAAUUUUUAAUCAUCCAAAGUAUCUGUUUUGUUAUUUAUCUUAUACUUAUUUACUUGAAUGAACUAUAAUACAAAAACUUGUCUCAGUUACAACUGAAACUAUUAUGAAUGAAGAAGUAUACUUUGUGCACUUCCUCAGAAGGGUCUCAGAAAGUGAGCAGAGAGAAGGCAAAUAUUACUUUUUAAUUACAAAUUAAGUUAACCCUUCUACUCCCAAGAUCUGAUUGUUAAUUCUUCCCUCGAGUUGCUCAAUGUUUCCUUGUAAAUUAGUCAUGAGAAUAUGGUGUUAGAUCAAGAUAACAACCUAUACCUGACAAGUUUGAGUAUUAAUUCUCAUUACCUGUGAGCAAGAUUAUGUAUGGAUAUUCAAGGGAGAAGUUACAUGUAAAUCACUUCUGGAAGUUAUAGGGUUUAUUGAAAGUUGCUUUUUAGCUGUAAGUAAAGAAAAAACAAGAUUAAACUUUGAUUCUAGGGUGAUCAAGGUCCCCCAGGACCAAGGGGUGAUACUGGAGAAGCUGGAGAUGAUGGUACUGAGGUAGGUAACAAAGAAAUAACUUAACCUGGUUGGUUUGUAAUUGGUUUAGAUCUACCAUUGUCUUGUAUUUGUUAGCUUUACAAUCAUUGGCAUUUUUUUUCAUGAAGCUACCGACAAAGUAUCUCAAGUUUUGGGGUAUUUUAUCAAUUCUGUUGUCUAUAUUAUUAUUAUGUUAAGGAUAUGGCAACAAAAAGCUAUUUUGCUGCAAUUGGGUAUUCAGUAAAGAAAAUUCCUCCUUAUGUGUAACAAAUUUCUCAUCGGAUAAGGAUCCAGCAAUGAAAGGCUACUUUAUAAAUUGAAUAAGAGGGAUGGUAAGCUAGAAAUUUUUUGCUGAUACAUUGGCUUUCUUUAGGUGUUAUUUUUUGGGUUUUGUUUACCCACAUAUACCAACAAAAAUUAAUGUUUGUCUUGUGCAACUUAAGUGACUUAUGUGAGAUCAAUUUGUGUCAGCAUAUCACAUUUUCAUGUAGCUUUGCCUUGGUCUUUCUGCUAUAAAACUCAUUUGAAAUGUUGAGAGGCAUCAAGAUGAAAAAAGGCAAAAGCUUAAAAAAUUUUUUAUGCUAUUACUUUUAUAACAGUACUAUAAUUUGACACAGGAUUGUAAAUGUCGGUGUGAACUGCACUUGUCUAGCAAACAUAUUUUUGUUUUUGUUUUUGUCCUACGCUGGUGACAAGAUGAAUAAAAUCUUUCUUUAUAUUUUUGUUUGUUUUUCAUACCUAUUGUGAGUUUGUAGCUUGUUCAGACCCUCCCCUACAAAACUGCUAGCUAACUAACUAAGUAAUAACUAAGUUAUUACACAUCCCAUUAAAAAUCGCUUAUUUAUUGAAUAACAAAAUCCCUGAAAACUGGAGGUAAUGCUUCAAGCAAGAGCAUCUUACUCAGGCUAUUUGAAGCCCUGAACACAAAAGUUUCAAUUCUGAAUUUAAAGAUAGUAAUUGAUCAAAGCUCUGAUUGAUGCCACAGGAACUCUGACCACUCUUGCGUUCUUUGAUAGGGGCCUCCUGGGCCUGCUGGUCCUCCAGGGUCUCGAGGAUCUCCUGGGCCCCCUGGACCUCCUGGUAACCCUGUGAUCACUGUAAUUGGUAUCCCUGGAGUACCGGUAAGCUAAGUAACAAAACAUCACAUGAAUUAAGUUAGCCAUGACUGUUUGCAGUACAAGAAGAUGUCAAACAUUGGUCAUAAGUAAUAUCAGGGGACAAGAGAAAACAAACUUCUCAAGUGUAUUCAAACCUUAGUCAAUUUAGAACUUUUUAUGAUCACUCGCUCAGCUCACUGAGCCAAAAGGAAACUUUGGAUGAAUUGAGUGCCAUUUUAGAUUCACAAGUGACACCUGUCCAGCUCAAAAAUUGCUGAAAUCAUAAAAAACCAGAUACCCUCAUGACAUUAAAGCCUCAACCAGUUGUGAUCUUAUGAUUGGAUACUCUGACUACUGACUAGGCUUAAGGGAUUCUUUUUUUCAAUGAGUAACUGAUCAUAUGAUGAUGUUUGCUUGUGUCCUGUAGGGAAGAAUGGGAGAUAAAGGACCUUCUGGAAGAGACGGCCCACCAGUAUGCAUUUACCUAUUAAUUAUAUUAUAUAUUUUUUUGUUAAAAUGCUUGACAUGAAUCAGGUUAGCUUGCAUUAGAGUUUUAUUUGACUUAAAUGUAGUUAUAUUUUAAUUUGGAUUUUUUUUUUGUUUUUGUUUUUUAAACCAUCAUCAAGGGGGAAAACCAAAUAUACGUUGAUAAUGUUAUUUAUUGCUUCUUGAAGACAUUUUUAAGGCAGGGAGCAACUUAAUCCAUGUAACUAAAAGUUGCUGCUUUUUGUCUGUUCCUUUAUCACAACCUCAUCAUUGGCCUUGUUAUUAAUGCAGGUUUCGUUUUUAAUCCUAGGGUCUCCCUGGAGAAAUUGGUUCACCUGGCCCUCCGGGAAUUCGAGGAUUAGAGGUAACUUAUUUAUGGAAAGAAGAAUCCAAUCUGCCUUUUCAAGCUGUUGUUCAUUUAUCAAUACUUACAUGAAAAUAGAGUUUAGAGAGAUGCAAACAAUAAUGAUAUGCCUAAAGGUUAAGCAACAUUUAUUGAACCAUUAACAAGUAAUUAAACUUAGUUAACCUUCACCAAUAUGCAUAGUAAUGAUGUUUUAAAGCCAUUCUGCAGUUUUGAAUCUAUUCCAGGAAAGUUUAUCAAAACUUUGUUGUGGGAUCUUAACAAGGAAUUUUGUAUUUCAGGGAAACCCAGGACCUCCUGGUUUUAUUGGUCUAUCAGGUCGUGAUGGACAGAAUGUAAGUACUAACUCUUGGCUAUUAAUUUUUUUUUUCUGUGGAUGUCUUAUCUUUAUCAGUAUACAGAGAUUAAAACGUGCAACUCAACUCAAGUGCUGCACAUGCAUUUACCAAUAGCGGAAUACAUUUCCAUUUUUCAUUACCGUAUUUACCCGUGUAUAAUGCGCGCCCGUGUAUAAUACGCACCCUAAUUUUUGACCUCUUUUUUCUGAAAAAAAAGAUUUCAUGACAAAUACCAAGAAUUAAAACUUCCAUUUUUUCACUUAAUUAACAAGAGCUGGGAAUUCAUCAAUAAUAUGUUUACAACAAUUUCUAACUAGUUGCUACUACAAAUAUCGUACGCACCGAGCACCUAUUUACAAGCUUUUUUAUUCAGUAACAGUCAAACGUUUUAUAAAUGUUGUAACUUGAAGUCCUUGUUAAUAUACCUAAAUUCACAACUUGAAUUAUUAUCAUAACAGCCGUUCAUAAACAUUAUUUCUACUCACAGUACUGCUGGUAGCUUGAAUAUAAUUACUGCAUUGCAAUUGUGUGAUUUAAGUAAAAUGUUCAGUGUCUUUAAACAACGAAACCUUCAAAUUCCGACUCACAGUCCGAUUCGAAUAGGUUUCGAUGACUGAAUCCUCAAGUUCAUCAGUGAUCUCAGUUGAAUUGUAAACCAAUUCAUCUUGUGAUCCAUUCGAAUUGUUUGUGCACCCACACUUCAGAGAGAGGCAGCGAUCAUUUCUGAUGGAAUGCCUUCCUACGCUUGUGAAAUAUACGAACAGAUCAGUUCCUCCGAAGCCUUUUUUUGUCGUCCAGUAAGUUCGUGAAUUCCAUCAGCCAUCCACUCCUUUCGGACUCCAUCUCUAAAUGGUUUGUUCAAAGAUACAUUGAGCGGCUGGAGAAGGGAAGUUUGCGUUUGAAGGAAGUGUUCACAGUAUCUGUCACGUGAGCUUCAAAUGAGUCGUAAAUAAGCAAGCUCUUUCUCCUCCCCAGGCCACCGAUCCGUGCACUUUUACUUUCUUUGUUGCGUUUUUAACGUAUGCAAAUUAGGACGUGCUUGACAAACAAUAGAAUCCGUGUAUAAUACGCACCGCGAUUUUGAUGCUUGUUUUUAUGGAAAAAAAGUGCGCAUUAUACACGGGUAAAUAUGGUAACUGUAUGGUUUCAUGUUAAACAGUAAAAAAGAUUAGCACUUUGUUGGGAAUCCCUUUUUAUCCACUUGUCAACUUUCCUAUUAGUGCUGAGUUUCUACAUGGUAAACUUGGCACUGGGGCUAAAAGGCUCUAUUGCUACAGCUUAUGGUGGGUUCCAAAGCAUCAGAAGUGACCAGGAGUAAAUGUAUUACUACUUCCCUUGGAUAGGUCCAUCUCACUUUAACACCCAGUGUUUUUGUCCUGUUUCACCUGAAAGAGGCACAGUGUAAGAGUAAAGUGUCUUGCCCAUGAACUCAAAAUAAAGACCCAGCUGGGGUUGGAUUUCAAACCUUUCAACUCAAAGUUUAGCAUGCAUUCUGUUGGGCCACCAUACCUCUUUAAUUACUCACUUUAUUUAAACUUCCAGUAAGAGACCUCUAAUGUGUGAUGCAGUUUGACAAUGUAGGUUGCAUUUUUUUGAUAUCUGUACUUUCUUUAGGGAACAACAGGCCCACCAGGAUUAACAGGUCCGCCUGGUACACCAGGAGCCCCGGUUAGUAACACAUUGUAAAUUUCAGUGAUGGUUUGAUUCCAUUUUAUAUACUACUGGAACAAAAUUAACUAAUGAUAAAUGAAUGUUUUAUCAUUUGUCUCAUGAUUUAAGAGCCAGGUUGAUUAUUAAUUGAUCACAAUGUUUCCACUGCUAUGCCACUUGUCUUUAUCAGCUGACAAGGUCAAAAGUUUAUGUGUUGCUUUUUAUAGCACCUUCAAUAAGUGUCAAAAUUAGUUGACACAUCAUGUUUGAAGAGGUCUAUUUAUUUGUAGAAUGACAAUCCCAUUUCUAACACACACUAAAUCACUAAAAAGGCUCCCUCUCUUAUUCAAUGUUGGGUAAAAGUUCAUGGAAUCACAAUACAACACUGUUUGUUGUUAUGGGUGUGUCAUGGUGUGCUGUACAUAAUUAUACCAAGAUUUUAUAAAAUGAUAAAUCUAUUGACUCUCUUUUUAGAAAAAAAAUGUAGGCAGAAUUUGAUAUCAAUUGAUUUUGCAGAAAAAUGAAUUUAAAAGAAUGAAUUCUGCUCAUUUGCUGUCUUUAGCAACCAUUUAGUGUGGAUAGUCAAGGCAAUAGUCCUAGCCAAGGUCUUAUGAGGUGUUCAGUAUGAAAUGAAAUCUGGGGAUGAACAAAAGAAACAAAUAUUAUUAUUUCCUGUGGAUACCACAAUUAAAUUGUAAAUUAUAUGAUUAUUGUAUUUUGAUACUGUUUCUUUUGUGUGUGUGGUUGUUGUUGUUUAGGGUGAAAGAGGAGUAGGAGGACCCAAAGGUCAACCUGGGCCAAAAGGUGAUCGAGGAUUUGCUGGAAGGAAAGGCCCAAAGGGUACCAGGGGUAAUCCUGGCCAAAAGGUGUGUUCGUGCACAAUGGUAUAGUCACGUGUCUUCUCCUAGUACUUUGUCUGUAAAUUAAGGUUGCUUGUGUAUGGUGAAUGCAGAACAGAUUUACUGGUCUCCCAUGCAGUUUGCCAAAUCUCUUAGUGGUUAAAAUUUAAAUUAUUUUGGGUAUUAUCUUAACUUAUGGGGAAUGAUGUGAUAACAGUUGGCUUAUUUGCAGAGUUCAGAGAUGUGUAUUUGAAUUUUUUUUGAUUUUCUAUGAUGUCCAUUAAUUCUGAGUCUUAUUAAUACACUGUAGCCAGUUGGUGGAAUGAAAGUGGGAUUUGAAGGGGUCAUUGGUUCCUUUUUGAGUUUACUGGCUUGUUGCCAAUAAAGCUCUGUGUUAAGUGGUGCAUAGCUAAAAUAAGUAAGUAAGUAAGACCACUUCAAGUAAGACCAGGAUCAGCAUCAGUCUCUAUAACGUUCAUGUGUCGGAGUUGGUUUGGAAGCAGAGGGUCACUGGUUUGAUACCUCUAGGUAGCAUAUACUGAUUUUUUAAAAUCUCAAGGUGUGCUCCUAAAAUAGCCAAAUAGCACCCCAGCUGUCUAAUUUUGGAAUUUUUAUCAUGAUAAUUAUUUUCAAUUUUAAGGGUUCACCAGGUUUUCCUGGUGUAGCAGGAAGGAAUGGAAGUGAUGUAAGUACAGUGAUAUGUAAACUGUAAGUUGUAAGUCGCAAAACAGUCUGAUAAUUAGCUCUUAAUUAGUCUUUAGUGGAUUGAUUAUUUGGCUAUGAGACAUAUCUUAGCCAAACCUGCUUCAUCUGGCGAGGCCCUUAAAUGGGAAUUUUGUUUAUAAAGUUUCCCAAAAAUAAAGCUCUUCAUCAGUGUGAAAACUCAUUUUCUGAGGAUUGUGGCUCAUAUAGCCAACUUAAUUUGAAUUGUUUGCCAUCAUAAGAUUAUCAGAUUAUCCAACUGUAUGGUUCUGAGAUCUGAGUCAGGUGAAGAAGUGAUGUCAAAGACUUAUUGCAAGUUUUCCAAUUUGUGAUUCAAGCCACAUAUACAAUGACAAUCGAUUGCCAUGUAAUUGAGACCCAAAUGCACAGUCAAAAACUUGACAGAUUCAGUGUUUUGGGUUUGAACAAAUUUAGAAAUUAAAAUGUUUCUAGAUUUGAAAUAUCCAGGAGUUUUAGUCAUCUGUACCUUUUUCUCUUUGUCCUUUUUGCUGUUUUAAAUCUUUUACUGGUUACCUGUUUAACUUCUAAGAUCUGAUUGUAAAUUCCCCCUCUAGCUGCCACAUGUUUCCUUGUUAAUUGGUCACCAGAAUGCGGCAUUAGAUCAAGAUGACAACAUUUGCCAGAUACAUUUUGUGUAUUCGCAUCACCUGUUUGUUGGAUAAUGUAUGGAUAUUAUAGGGAGGAGGUAUAUUUUAAACACUUCUGGUAGUUAAAGGGUUAAGAAUGAUUUGAUUGCAUUUCUUUUGCAGGGAGAUCCAGGUGCUCAAGGACUACCCGGACCUGAUGGCCCUGCAGGACCACCAGUAAGUCCACAGGCUUAUCAAUUAUAUUUUGAUUUGGCCAGCCUCUGCUGAGUACUGUACAGUGGUAAAUGUAGAUUCACUUUGUUAUCAGAUGUAUCUAUCAAUUAUGCAUGUUUGUGAGCCUUUUUUCAAAACAAAAUACAUGCAAAACUCUUUACAGAAAAAGUGUCAGCAGGAUUGACUAAAUGGACCAACAUCAUCAUUUGUUUUGAAAAAACUGAAGUCAAAUCCAAGUAAUUGAAAUGUGUCAUUUUUGAAUGACUUGCAGUUUUACCCUGAAAUAAACAGAAAGAACAGCUUUCUAUUAUUUUAUCUAUGGCAUGAUAUUUAUCAAUUUUUUAGGGAUUAACAGGAAAUACUGGAUCUGCAGGACCUCCUGGUGCACAGGUGAGUACUUUGUUAGCAAGUUUGUGUUGUAUAGCCCCAACCUCGUUUUAACCCUUUACACUCUAACAUCUGAAUGCAAGUUCUCCGUACUGUUUUCCACCCCAUUUCCUAUGUUACUUACAAGGAGAAUUUGUGUGUAGCAAUCAAGAGCUUCUCAAGCUCAUGAUCAUUUCCUUUAUUCCUCUGACCUUAAUGGUUGAUUCAGUGGUGAUACUGUUAGGAGAAAUGAGAUGCUUAUUACUCCGAGAAGGCUAAGUGUCCUCAAUGACCAAUUGCAUGGAAUGCCUGUGGCAGACCAUGUUCAAAGUUUGCUCGAGUGUUAUCUUAGUCAGAUAUGGAAAUUAGCCAUGUGCUUUUAAUUAUAAGUUAAGCCCUGUUGGUUUAUCAAUGUCCAAUACAUUCAAAGUUUCAAAGAAAUCUACAUUUAAGGUUUUAAAAGACAAUACAAUUGUAUAUGAUUUGUGACAUAUAAGUCUGCAAAUAUUACAUUGAAACAAUUAUUAUAAUUAUCCAUUCUGAAGGAAUCUAAAAUUUGCGGAUCAUUGUUCAUCUAGGGACCCCAAGGUGUGGCAGGCACGGCAGGUGCACCAGGAACUGCUGGUCAGAAAGGUUCAACAGGAGACCCAGGUUUAGAAGGAGAGCGUGGCAAACAGGUCAGUACUGUCCUCAUGCUAAUUUUAACAUGUGUUUGUUUGAAACACCCAAAAUAGAAAAAUUUUGGCUAGUAAAAAACUUUCUUAAUAAAAAAGUUUUUUAGUGCAAAGUAAAAGCAAAUUGAAUAGAAGUGAAAGGAGCCCUUGCACAUGAUCUUGAAGGCAAAGCACUGCAGACGCAUUUACAGUUUGGCUCUUCGUGGCUUAUCUCAAAGAGUAUGUAGACAAGUAUGAUUGUCUUUGGUAUUUUUUCACAUCUUUGGAUAUGAUCAGGUUUUGUACAUGAACUCUGGACUGGUACUCUGAGGAUGAAAAUCUCAUGUGUUAAUUGGCUCCACAGAUUGGCAGGCUUACUCAUAUUGCAGUUACAGGCAAUUUUGAUACAAGAUACUGUAUAUCUGCUGAUAGUACAUAUAAAUGUUGGCAAAUCCAUUAUUUGUUAAAUUUCUUUAUCUAGGGUUUACCCGGUCCACCAGGGCCACAGGGCCCUGCUGGUGAUCCAGGAGAACCUGUAAGUGAUUCCUUUUUAUGAAAUGUGUUUUAAUCUUAUUUUAGCCACAGCAAGUCAGACUCAAAACACUGUGAUAUAGCCACAACCUCACCAUACUGUCACUUACAUGUAUAGUUAAAAAAUAAAAAUAAAAAGAUGGCAGAAUUGCUUUACACGGACCAAAUGUAGGGGCAUAAUUAAAAACAACUUGUUAUUAAAGUUUGUAUAGAAUUCACUUCAGACCUAUUUCUCAGGCACAAGGGCUUGGUCUUUAAUUGUCACACUUCUAAAACAGUUUUCUGUGUUUUUGUUGCUUAAAAUAGCUUUUGUCGAUUAACUAAUCCAUUCUUUUCAGGGUCAGGAUGGUGCAGAUGGUGCUGAAGGACAGAAAGGAGAACAGGUGAUUUGCAUUUUUUGUUUUUGCUAUCACACAUAUUUCUUCACUUUCACCGGUGUCAAUUUCCUUGUCAAGUUGAUCCAAUGGAUUUCAUCCUAUCUUUUUCAUUGUUUUCUUUUGAAUUUGAGGUUUCUCUUUUUCUAGAUUUCUUUCUUUCUUUCUUUUUUUUUUCUUUUAACCACAUUUUUUUAGCUCGUGUCAUAAAGUGCUAAACUGUGGUGCAGUUGGUGUGGGGCUUAAGCUCAGACAUGGCUAGCACUCAGGGUGUUAAAAUAACUGAGGGAAAUUUUGUGCCUUUGCUAUGACUUCUGCAAAUUGUUAGACACUCUUUGACUUGUCUUCUCAGAUAGGGAUGAUUGCAUCUUCUUUUUAAUGGUUAACAGGGGACAUUGAAAAACACACAGACUUUUUGCAAAGAGUUGGAAACGUAGCCCCCAGUGUUGUGAUCUGGCCUUGUUGUUGUUGACACAGGACCCUAUUUAAAUUAGUUUUAAGCUGAACUGGGCCAGUGUGUCCUAAUUUUGCAAAUAAAUAAUUUAAAAUCAAUCAUUAGAAAAAUUUUAUGUACCUUCUCCAGUCUUGCACAUAAUUUUGUGAAGUUUAUGUGGUGGAGUGUUCUUCUUGCUCAAUACAGCUACUAUUUCCUUGUGAUAUUACACACAGUUUUAGAAUUUCCUGCCAUGUUAAGUCUGUAAUCUUCUUGGUCAUAUUAUGUUCAUCAUUUAUGAUGUGUUGCAAUCGUGAAAUGUUUGAUGGCAUUCUCAACGUUUUUGGUGUACUACCCCAUCAAGACCUUUUCCAAUAUGUGAUUGGAUGCAUUCCAUAAUUUGUUUUAACUUAUCUCAGGGUGAUAGUGGAGCAACUGGACCACAAGGCUUACCUGGAGCCCCAGGAAAAACGGUACAGUAUGAGUUUUUUUUGCUAUCAUUUUUCUCCUUACAACUUGUGCAGAUCACGUUCUGGAAUUUUUGUUUACUUGUACCUAUCUUUAAAAUAUUCAUUUAUCUCUAUAAGCCUAGAAAUCAAACACUGCAAUAUGUUAAAAAUAAUUAUGGUAAAAAGACUAGUUUUUUUUUUUGUUGAAUUUUACAGCAACAUAUAUUAACUAAUUUUUACACAUUCACAAGAAAUAGCUAACAGCCUAAUUUCCAGGUGUUUUAAGCCUCAUACUUGUCAAGACAAAUGUUAAUUGAAGUUCCUGUUUAUUCAUCACCAUGCAUUUCACAAAAAAUAGUUUUAAGGCAUGAAGUAUGUGACAAGGAGGAGACCUCAAGCAAUCCUAGAGCCUAGUAACCUUUAACACCCUAAAAAGGUUAAAAAUCGGAAAAUUUCUAAAAUCGGUAUGCAUAUUCUCUAUGCUGUUCUUCAGAUAUCUCUUAAGGUGCCAAGUGGGAGAAUUUGUUUAAAGAUUAAGAGCCUCUAUCUUUAAUUGGUGAUCAUUUCCUUUAUUCUCAUGACCUUAAUGUCAGCAAGGAGGUAUUUGAUGCUGGUCUCUUUAAGUGUCUGAAGGGUCAAGGUUACAUGGUCAGCUAAUCUCAUAGAUCACUGGUUUAUUUUGCUAGGGUAGUUAGUUUGAGGAUAUUAGGAAGAGAAAUAAGUCUGUUGAAAGAAUCCCUUAUUGAUAAAAGCAAGCUCUCUUUUGUUUAACAAAUUAGGUAACAGAUAGUCAAUAACGAGAAGACUCAUUGGUUGUAUAGCAUAGUAAUAACUGACUUUAUUGGAUUUAUUGCUGAUUUCUUGUUGUCAUAAUAAUUUAUCUAGGGUAGUCCUGGUCUAGAUGGAACCCAAGGUGCGCCCGGGUCACAGGUGGGUCAUGUUUUCAAAAGCCUUUUUAACUUAUUGAUACAGACCUAUCGGUCAUGAAGUAACUAGCAGUUUGUGGAAAUCAGAAGGUCUCCAUGUCAAUAUAAGAAAACUUUAUUUCUUGCUGAAUUUGAAGUAUCAACUAGAAUUAAAUCAAAACAAUUCUUAAUUAUUUCAAGAAAUUAAUGAAACAUCUAAAAGCCACAUUUGUAAAUAUAGGCUCUUCCUAUGCUUUCUGCCUGUCGUGACCUUGGUUAAAUUCAUGGCUGAAAAUAGCAGUCUGUGGUGAGGUGCACUGAUGUAUUCAGUGCUCUGCCUUAUUUUAAGCAUGGCAGGUAAAAGAAAUUUUCAAACUGGUAGUCAGAACAAUCAUUUUUACCUUGAAGUUCCAAACCCCCAUUUUAGCCAAAACACAACUUGGAGUGCAACUCUGUGAAUAAACAUAUUAGCCAUUUUAUUGUUUUAUUUAACAUUUUUUCAUCAAGUUACAACCUUUUCAUAGUUAUAUUCUAGUUACAAGCAUAUUUAGGUUGCAUCUCCAGAUGUGAAUGAAAUACUUUGUGAAGUAUAAAUUUAUGAGCUAAAAUCAUCUUAAAGAAUGUUAAAUUAAAUUUGAAAAAAACCUUAUUCUUGCACCCCUCAGUACAUCCACGUUGAUUGCAAAUAGAUAACAGGUAUUUAUUAUCUUCCAUGCACUUACCAGGGUGAGACUGGACCCCCAGGACCUCCAGGGCUUUCUGGUCAGAGUGGCUCAAGGGUAUGUUUAAUGUAAAACAUUAUAUAAUUAAUAUUAACGCAAUUUUGAAUUCAACUUGUUUCAGUUAGUGUGAGACAGACAUACUUAAAGUCCACAUAAAAGUGUGAGUUACUUACUAGCCAUGUCCUAGUUCCUGGCUAACUUUGAAGAGACUAACCCACCACUGUGGCCUGGGUUUGAUUCCUGAACCUGGUGUCACAUGUGUUGAUUUUGUUGUUGGUUCUUUUUCUUACUCCGUGGGUUAUUCCCUGGCUCUUACGGUUUGCCUCCCUCUGCAAAAACCACAUUUGAAAUUCCAAUUUGACCUGGAAAAAGUGGACAAGAAGAGUUACUUCAUGGAAUUUCCAUUGCUAAAUUACCAUUUCUGUUCUCAUUCCCAUUUAUUUCCAUUCACAUUUAACUAUGACUUGUUUAUUGAAAUUUGUGACAUAUAUUUGGUUUUUUUUUCCCAUUUCUAAGGGAGAUGAAGGUCCCAGGGGUGUAAAUGGACCACGAGGUCCACGAGGACGACAAGUGAGUAACUUUGUUUUCUGAACUUCAGGAGAAUGUAAUUAGUGGCCAAUCCAUGUAAUUUUUUUAAAUCAACUCAUGCAAAUACUCACUAUCGAUUGAAACACAUUGGUAUGAAGGAUUCUUCAUUUGUAAUAAAUUAAGGUAACAAAUUAAAAAGCCUUCUGGAAGAUCUGGUUGGGAAACCUCAGAAAGUGCAUGAGACAAAGAAAAGGAGAAGACCAUCUACUCCUUGCUUGAUAAACUGACAAUUGAAUUUAGAUGUUUUACCAAAUGGUUUGCAAAAAGAUCUGAGGAGCAUUUUUUCCUGAUUUUGGCAAAGCAUCAUGCAGGCCAAUUAUUUUGUAAAGUUUGUAUGCAGCAGUUUCUGCAUAUGAUGUGGAGCUUUUCCUGCCAAGUUUUAUUGUACUCACAUACAUCAUCAGCAUGCUCAACAGGAAUAUGAAUCACACUUUUACAAUUGAAUGUGAUUAUGUUUACUGAGUAUGUCACAAAUUUACUAAAUAGGCCAAUGUUUUGCUUUAGGGAAAGCGAGGCAAACCAGGACAGAUGGGAGCCCCUGGAGAACAAGGUUCCCCGGUAAGGAAGACCUUUGAAAUGUUUUUCUGAUUUAAACAGAGUGGAAGAUCACUGUCUAACUUGAAUUAGUAAUUCCAGUCCAACAAUUUUAAAUCUGCUAGAAAUUUUUGACUGACUACUGAGGGUUUUUUCCGGUUACUUUCAGAAGUUUGUUACUUACAGUGGCUAAAUGCUAUUAAAUGUUGACUCUAAUUUUUGGUUCCAAAUCUUUUCUCUGAUAUUUCAUUUAUUGGAAAUUAAUUAUUUCGUCUUGAUGUCUUCUUAAUUAUAAAUCCUUAUUUUUUGUGUAACAAUUUUGAAUGUAUCUUUUAAUGCAAGGUAAUCAAAGUUUACAUUUAUGUUGUUUUUCAACUUCAUUCUUGCUUAUAAUUAUUUUAACGAGUUCUUGUUGUGGAGCAAGAGCUAGGAUAUUAUUAUGCUUUUUGAAAUAUUAACAACAAAAAGAUGUCUUAUAAAUACAUUUGAUGGAUAUGCAAAUAACAGUCAUAUUUCAGUAGUUCACAAGAAAAAUUUUGCACUUUGAGCCACAUAGUGGUCUACCACAAUCAGUGAGUUCCAAGGAGUAAACUACAGUUAUUUAUCAAAAUACCAAGGUUAACAGUUGAUCUAUUUUAAUCUUUUCUGCAUUGUAUGGGAACAGAAGAGGGGCUUCUAGCUAUUCUUACAUGUGCAUAAAAUUGUUCUUUUUAUUAGUGCUGUGUAUGGCUUUCAUUUGUAUUGUUCUGCAUAUAUUUACCUGUUUAUACUCACAUUAUCUUGAAUAUAUGUUAUUAGGGACAGCGUGGCCCUCCAGGCUCCAUGGGCCCAGCAGGAUUACCAGGAGCAGAUGUAAGUAACUGUGCAAACUUGAAAGCAGUCAUUUUGAAGUGAUAAAAGGUGAAGUAAGCUUGCUACUCCUCCUGGAUGGAAUGCCAUCCAAUCACAUGGUUAAUUACCAAUAUCUUAACAGGUUUCAUUCCCAGAGAGUUCAUCAGUACCCAUUAAUCUUUUGCUCCCUUACAUCAGUAUCCUAAUUCUCCAUACCCAAUAGAUUUCCUUUGGUACUGACAAGGAGAAUUUGUUUAACAAUCAGAACUUUUUAAAAUUUGACUCAAGAAUGAGAUUGUAAGGAGAAAUUAGAAGCCAGUCACUCUUAGGAGUUAAAGGGUCAAAUUUCAUACUUCUGGGUGGGAAGGGUAAAUUUUAUGGUUGAAGAACACAACGUUAUUACAGCUAUUAUGAUAAUGAAAAUAAAGGAAAAAACUAGACAAGAACAAACAUUUAAUUGUAAUUUACACCUAUUUCAAAUAUAUAAAUGUAAAAUGUGUUUGUAAUGAAUUGUUUUGUAAUCUCCAUUUUGCUAGGGAAGUGUUGGAGAACCAGGAAAUUCUGGCAAAAAUGGACAAAAAGGAGAACGGGUAUAGUAUUAUGACAAAUUUUGUUCAGUUUGAAAAUGAAAUAACUUUGAUUGACUAUUGUUUUGGCUUUUAUUCAUUUAUUUAAUGUUUGAGAAAGUGUCCAGUAUACUUAUAUUUUGUGUUCUCUCUUUUCUUUACCUUCAGGGACCUGAUGGUAUUGCUGGAGAGGAUGGUCUAGCUGGUCCAAGGGUGGGUGUCUUGUGUUACUUUGUUUAUUGUUUUGAAUUAAUAUCAAUGGCAGUUGUCAUAAGACGGUAUAAUUGCUUUUAAUUUGUCACUGAAGUCUCAACCCCAGCCAAGCCCAAAUUAUUGUUUUGGGGUUUACUUUCUGCAAUUUUGUUGAUAAACUUGUAUAUCACAUUUCCAGUCCUUUUUGGAAAAAUUCAGAAUAAUUUAAAUUUUACCCUCAGGCUUGUUGGGAAAUUAGGUUGAAGGUUGAAGAAUGAUUGAUAGCCUGAACAUUGUUUACGGCUAUUUACAUGUGAGGAUCAAGUUGUUGCUAGCGUCUGAGUCUUGUGACCCAUCUUGCAAGAAUUUUUCCUGGUGGUUCCUGGAACAUGGAGUGAUAGGGAGUAUUUUUAAAAAUUCUCCCCCGGAUGAAAUGCCAAUCCAGUUUACUCUGCGGCAUUUUUUCAAGUUUUCUUGACAGUGAGAGUAAUUAACCCUUAUAAAGAAUUCAAUUCAAAAGUUUGCCAGAGUGGACCUGUUGAUGGGACUUUCUUUUCUUUCAUUGUACUUGUGUGUUAUAAUGAAUUGGAUGGCUGCAUGUUACUGACUGACACUUUUGUAUCCAGGGAGCUCCAGGGGCACCUGGUGAUCCAGGAGGUGAUGGAAGAGAUGGUGAAAAGGUUAGAAAAAGAAUCCCUAAUAUGUGGCCUAUUCCUAUCUUGCAUGUGUUAUUCAAUAAGAAUAAAUAUGCUUAGUUAGAAAUAGUUAUUGACUGGAGGUAUCCUUUUAUGGGUUAAGGGAAGUGUUGUAUUCUCAUUUGAUAAGAGUUCAAUCACAACCUGCUUGAGUUUUAAGGCUGACCCACCUAAAGGAUUUUGUUCUUGGUUUACGCCUGAAGGACAAAGUCCAAGAGCAGAGCACCAUAUGUUAAUGGUUAACUCUGUAUGAUUCACUUCUGAGGGCUGAAGUUUUUAUUUUGGAGCAUGAACUUGGGGCAGAUUGAGCAAUCUUUAAAACAACUCUUUAUGUUCUAAUAUGAAGCAAUCUCUGGCAGUGUUCACUGUAGAAGUGAAGCUUGAGCAUGCUUCCGGUGGAAAACCUUACUUGAUUAGUGGCCUUAAAACUUGUAUGCAUGUUCUGUGGAUAAUACCUGUUCUUUUGUGAUUGUAUAUGGCUAGGCUAUGAAACUUUAACUUUGUUGUCUGAACCUUCAUAGGGUGCAAGAGGAAAAGACGGUGAACCUGGCAAAGCAGGACCACCGGUAAGUGUUAAAAUACCAUUUCAUGGGAAAAGAGUGGGGUCUAUCGGGAACAACUGCUAGCAAAAGUUGGCCACUUCUAGACCAAGUAUGCUGCUAGUAGUGAUUUGAAUUAUUAGUUGCCUUCCUACCCACGGACAAGCACACUCUUUUAAACUGAAAUGAUUUUCACCCCUAGUUGAAUAUUUGCCCCUUUUACAGACCCUCAAAAUAAGAUAACUGCACUGAAUGUAAUGUCAGACUAUUACUUCAACCCUUCAAUCAGCAGUCUUGGGGCCUGUGGAGAAGGGUUGUGGCCCCCCCCAGCCUUGUAGUUUUUUUAUUAGGUGUGGUAGACCAAGUGAUGUAUAGUUUAUUGAUUGCCUCAUAAUUUUUUAGUUCAAAGUGAACCUUAAUUACAUGUAUUAAGGGUUGUUUGAUGAUUAUCAAUCUAACAGGGACCUCCAGGACCUAACGGUGGCAUUGGAGUUUCUGGCCAAAAGGGAGAACAGGUGAGUACAUGGAGGGGAGGGUACUUUCCUAUAACUGUUUUGAUUACAACCAUGGGAAGAGUAGGAUUCAUCACAAAAACUGCCCUGAAUUGAUCCAAUACUGUUAGUGUUAGCAGAUAUGUAAGAAGAAUUCCUGCUCAUCCUAUGCUUAAGAACUGUUACAGUUCACGAGUGUCAAGAAAAGGCUAAACAAGGGGAACCAUUAAUUUUAAAAAAAAUUACCUUUUGAGACUAUUAUGUAUAACAAUUUAAAGCUUCAAGAUCCCCCUUCAUCUGGCCAUCUGCUCCUGAAGGUGAACUUUCUACCCUUAAACACUUUGAUAUUAAAAUAUAAAACAUGUUUAUUCAGCUGGAAAGAUUUGACUGUUCUGGUUCAAAUUCCCCAUGCCAUCCAGGAAAGGUUCAAAUUUCCCACUUGCUCAAUAAAAACCAUUACAGGUUUCAACAUGGAGAGAAGGCCAGAAAUGCUACAUACUGCCUAGUCAUUGAUUUUAAAGCAAUGAGUCUUUUUCAAUUUUUCAUAUUUUAGGGUGCACCAGGCAAGGCUGGAGGAUCUGGUCCUCCUGGCUCAAGAGGCCCUCCGGUAUGGUCUCUCUAUGUGUUAUUUCUCAAAUAUGUCUGUAAGCUGACUAAGAAAUGCCAUGUAGCAUGUAAAAUUUAUAGCCUUUAUAAUGAAUGAAAUGCUGCAAACAUUGACCAUCUUCUGUCCCUUUACCUGUAACUCCAAAGAUCUGAUCAGCUUAUAUUCUCCCUUUGACUUGCUAUACUUAUCCCAGUAAAUCAGUUUGGAGAAUUUUGAUAAAGAUAGCAUCCUCUCACUGUUUGUUUUAAUACUUUGCAUGAAGAAUUUACUCAUUUAAAACACCUAUGAGGGUUAAAAAGGUGAAUAUUAAGUAUUCAUUGUGUGAUGUGAAAAAAAAAUUGAAAUUGUCAGUUUUUCUUUCCUAUUUCAUCCUUUUCAUGUAUUUCUUUAACAGAAAAUCACAACAUUUAGUUCCCAUAGAAAUUCUGGCCUUCUUGAGUAGCAAAAGCUUUAAUUUAUAUCUUUGCACAACAUAUUGCGAAUUCACUUUAUACAAGUUUCCACCAUUAUAUACACAGAAUAUUGCAGGUGGUUUAAUAGUUUCACACUGAGCUUACCUUUUACUUUAACUGUAUGGUGGUCCAUUUAAAGGUUUUGACGUUCAUCUAGAUAUGUUGUCCAUUUGAACUGAAAAAUAGCAGAUAACAGGUUAUUCAAAUCGUUAUAAGAUGUCUUACCAGCUCAACCUAAACCUGAACAAACUAAUUACUCAACUUUUUACAUUACCCCAUGAAAUAUGCAGUUGGAAAAUGGAUCCUCUUUCUACAGGACAAUUUCUUAUCCAGUCCAUCACACCUAUCCAUAUUACAUAGCACCUUUAAAUCCAUCAUGAACCACUCCUUAACACUACAGUUUCCCCCACUUCUCAGUGAAGGAAAAAUGUGUUAAUGUUAACAUUGUCUGUUAAUGUUAACUUUGUCAUUUCAUAUGUAACGUUAUUCUUUGUUUAUUGUACCUGUUUUGUCUUUUUGCUAAAGGGUGCUUCUGGUGAAUAUGGUGCAAUGGGGGAGCAAGGAACACCAGGAGCUGAUGUGAGUACCAUACAUGAUAAAAUUAGAAAGACUGCAAAUUGUUUUUUAUAGUGUCAACAAAGGAUUAUGCUGUUUAUUAUUACAAGAUUUGAUCAGUUAAGACUGCAGAGAAAGUAACUCUAACAUUCCAGGGUAGGUGAGUUCCCCGAAUGAUCCAUCUUCCUGCAUUUCUUGAGGGCCAGUUGCAAUGUUGCUUUUAACUCAUAAAGUUUUUAUAAAUAUCAGAAAAAAAUGCAUCUAUAUAUAUAUAUAUUAUAUAUAUUAUAAUAUAUAUAUUAUAUUAUAUUAUAUAUAUAAACCCCUGAAGAGUGAAGCGAUUCAUGAAACAGGCUUGUCGGGAAAUGUAGUUGCGUCCCUUUUUCCCUCUCAUAAUACUUAUUCUGCUCUGCUUCAACGUAUUGAGCACUGUUCCACGCAAAAAUCGACUUGCAGACUUCCUAUAUAUAUAUAUAUAAAUUUUUUUUUAUUUUACUUUUUUUUUUUUUUUACAGGGAACACCAGGUUUAAGAGGUUUUCCAGGCCAAACUGGUGCACGAGGUUUAGCUGUAAGUAGAUAUGUUUCCCCUUGUUUUCAUUUGCAUAUAGUGUUUACCACAGGGUAUACCCUAUGAUUUAAAUAUUAGAAUAUAGAUCCAAUGUUAAAUGUGUACUGUGUGGUAUAUUCUGAAAUAAUUUGUAACUAAUGAUGCUCCUUGGCUGUUGUUGUUUACAGGGAGCCCAAGGUGAACCUGGAUCAGCUGGACCACCAGGCCCUGAUGGAAAGAAGGUAAAUAAAAUGCUAAAUUAAUCUUUCCAAGAAAUAGCUAAACAGUAAAGUCCACUGAAAUACAGUUGAGGCAUAGCUUAUUUUACACUGGCACAUGAGCCAAUCAAAAAGCUUCUCAUUGCACUCUUGGACAAAACAAGCUGUUGAAAAUUUGUUAUUUUAUCUUUCAUCAGGGACCACCUGGAGAGAGGGGACAAGAUGGAAUACCUGGAGACCCUGUUAGUAAUGAUUACUGUUAUUGAGACAAAUGACAUAUAGUAUGAUUUAACCUUACUUCAGAUCAUUCAUUGGAAUGCAUCAAGUAGCUGUUUACAAGUAGACUGUAUGAUGUAUAAGAAACAUUUGUUGCUUUUUUGCAGGGCGAUGCUGGACCUCCAGGUGAAACAGGCCCUCAGGGUGAAUCGGUAUGUGGUUACUUAGAGAAGAUUAUUAUGUUGCUAGUUGUACAUUCAUUUUAAAGGCAUUUAUGUUGUGUCUCUGAAGGUUGAACUAAUCCAUAAGACAUAACUUUUCUGACUCUGAAUUUCACACUCACAAGAUCAUCAGACAGAUUUUAAUGAAGAGUAUGCCUCACUUAGUUCAAAUAUAUACAGUGGUUGGUCAGUUAGUGAAUCUAUUGUAAUCUAAGGUGGAUGUUUAUUAAGGAGUAUUUGUUCUCAAUUUCCAAAUGCUGCCAGGAAAAUGUAUUCAUUUUAGAGCAAUCUGAUACUGGUAAAAAAGAGAUUUGGAUCUGAAAUUAUUUCUUUUAUCUUCAGGGCAUCAAAGGAGAAAAAGGCAAACCAGGGGAGAAUGGAUUAGAUGGAACACCUGUGAGUUUUUAGUGCUGGGGGAUAAAUAAAAUAUUUAAGAUGUAGCAUGAAGUGAAAGUUAACAGAAAGGACAACAGAUGUUACAGCUUUACUUUGAUUCAGUUUUAUUCUGACAUUAAAGUACACUAUGCUUACAUAUUUCCUUGAUUCUGAAAGCCUUACACAAGAACAUGCUUCACAAAUCCUCUAUAAGUGAGUACACACACACAAAGACACCUUUUUCACUCUUAAUUUCUGGGCCUGGUAGUGCCCUGAAAAAGAUGAGAAGCAGCAACCAUUUGAUCACUAAAAAAUCUAUACAAUUUCUCAAGAUAUGCCUUUUUCACUAAAACUGACGUAUGGUACUCCGGAGUCCCCCCUUUGUAUUGUAUUGAUUUUCAAAAACUAACAUCAUAUUCUUGUUGUGUAGGGAGAACGUGGUGAAAGAGGACCAGAAGGUCCCCAGGGUAACUCUGGUGCAGCAGUAAGUUGAUGACAGGAGGUUUCUAUUUAUUUUAUAUGUCAGUUAUUACGCAUGUUUGUACAGCCAGUAGAGAUAUAAAGCUGUUUUUGUAGCCAAAAUCUUUUUAUAUUUAUUGCCAAGGUUGUUUGUAAGUUGCAUGAGUAGAUGAAAGUUUAGAUUUGUAGUUUCUAAGACUUAACAACCAUUUUGACUUGUUUUGCUUGAAUUUUGCGUCAAAUAUCUGAGUCCAUUUCAGAAGUGAAACUCACCAGAGUAGCAAUGAAAACUGCUAUAUUUUGUCGUAGACUGGCACUAAGCAUCCUGUGACCAAGCAGAUCGAGGUCCCAUAGUUGUCAGCUUUUACAAACACGCUAGAAAAAGAGAAACAAGAAUUAUAACUUAAUUAGAUAACAAUUUUUCAUUUCCUUAGGGUCCUCCAGGUCGCCCUGGAGUACCAGGGUCCCCUGGAAGCAAGGGAGACAGGGUAAGAUUUCUGUUUUUAUGAACUUUUAUCAUAAGGGAGAAUGGGAAGGACGUUUUAUAAAAUAAUGGUCCGCAGUAAAGGAGACUUUUUUAAAAUAACUGUUAAAAUGAAGUCCAACAGGAAGGCGUGUUGGGUGUGAUAGCUAUUUGAUUUAAGUUCUACAGUUUGGGAGACUGCGUUAGGUAUCUGUAUAGGGAGAGAGGGGAUUUCUUUUUAUCUUAGUAUUACAGUAACUCCUUCUUUUAUCCAAUGAUCAGUCUCCGUAUUAAUUACAAUGUAUAGUUUUUAUGCCAAGCCGUAACUAUUGCAUCACUCAAAAAACAUGUAAGAAGGCAGAGCACUGGCUGCAUUGUAUUGAAAUGAUAGUUGCUUAAAACAUUUUGAUUUUGCUGUAGGGUGACACAGGUCCUCAAGGAGGCCGAGGAAACACAGGAAGAGACGGCAAGAGGGUAUGAAAUACCAUUUCAAACUAGAUACAUAAACAAGACGAUGUUGUGUAAACCUUUUGGCUGGUUUUUUUUUUUUAAGAAUUUGUGGAUUGCAAACUUACGUUUUAUCAGAAUUUCAAACUCCUGUUCAAGGAAAAUGCCAAACAACUUUUACAUCCUUCAAUCAAAUAGGGAACUCUGCUCGCAGAUCAAGCAUCAGUUUGUGUACUUCAUGUUCACACUCAGUAAAUUGUUAUAUUCAGGUUACUUAUAUCGUGGUAAUUUAGUGUUAACGACUGAGUUGAAAACGUAAAUUGGCCACCGUAAAUAGUUAAAAAGCUGACGCUCGAAACGUGAGCCUUUUAACUCUUUACGGUGGUCAAUUUACGUUUCCAACUCAGUUGUUAACACUAAAUUAACUGUUAUAUUCUCCCACCGACGCAGCACCACAGUUUCUUUAGAAACUCGCUCCCUUUAUUAAUAUCGCGGUUCUGUUCUGCUCGGUUAAGAAAGUUGGAGAGAAGGUUUCUGUCUUGGUAUAAAUGUUGUACUGCUUACAGAGGAAAUGCGAAUGAUUAUUCUCAGUCAUGACAGGACGGAUAAUGCGUGCACUGUAAGUACCUCCCGUUGUCCCAUACAAAGCCUUAGAAAAGUUUUCUAAGGCUUUGUAUGGGAGAGCGGGAGGUACUUACAGUGCAAGCGUUUUCCGUCCUGUCAUGACAAUUCCGGUUAUCUGAUCCACAAAAAUAUGGGAUGAAUAGUUUGACUUUUACUAAAACGAGUCAAUGUUAAUGAUCACUUAUUGUUUUUUUCUCAGGGAUAUGCUGGAACCCCAGGUCCCCCAGGAGCGCCUGGAGAACGAGGAACAAGAGUAUGUACCACCGCUUUUAUCAGCGUUUUGCUUAAUUUUUUUAUAUUCCCAACAUCAUUUUGAAGAAUGCUCUAUCACCUUGUAGUCUCCCUCGCAGUUUUUCACGAGGGAUGUCGCUCUAUUCUCCUCUCAUUGUUGGGUGGAGUAUUGCAAAAAAAUCCCAGAGAACAGCUGAGGGGAAGACUGAUCCUCUUGCGUGAAGUUUUAGCGUCACUUUCAAGGAAAAUUCCAGAGAGAAUCAAGUUACCUUUGCACAACAAAAAUCUUUGUUAAAAGAGUGUCUCCUCCACUCAACAAUUUAUCUGAUUUCUUUUUUCAAGGGUGCCCCCGGAAUCUUUGGCACACCAGGCGGUGAUGGCGACUCAGGAUUAGCUGUGAGUAUUUAUUUCCUUUUACCUAUUUCCAGUGGAAAGAGGGAAUUAAAAGAAAAGUGAAAAGUUUUGUGGGCUUAAAACCUGAUCUCAGACUGAAAGAAUUAUUUAGCACUGUGGUAUUUUAACUUCAUCUUGCAACUUGUAGCAUAUUCAAACACGUUUUUAAAACACUCUUGACAUCAAACAAUGAAGAGCGCACAUUUCCGUCGCACACAUUCUACUAACGGCUUCCAGUGUACAAAUGUUCUCAUUAUAAGGGAGUGUAAUUUGAGUAAGACUCGAUGAUAAUUGUUCUGAUUGGUCUAUCAUUAAUCGAAAGUUUAGUCAAUAAGUUUUAAUUGUUUAUUUAUUCAUUAUUUAUUAAAUUGCCAACUAUUAAUUUCUGCAGGGCCCUCGUGGAGCCCCAGGAACGCCAGGAUCUGCUGGUGAGAAUGGAGCAGAUGUAAGUUGCAAGAUCUUCCACUUAUUUGUCAUUCCUAUUUUUAUCGUGAACCUCCGUGCAGGAUGUGAGGGGGCUGGGCGUUAUAAUCGUGAGACCACUCACCUCUCACCACUGCAGCUUUCAAUCUGAGAUAAAUUGUUUUGGAAAAUUCGUAAAAGCAUCGCAUUUGACUUAAACAAACUUCUUUGGCUUUUCUUUGUUUACGCAACAUUCUAUGGAGCUAGGGAAGGGCAGGAUCCACAACAAGCAGAAGUGUCGAACCCUCAUAUCUAAGGUUACAAGUUGAUUCCCAAAUCUUUGCAUUCAUGCGGUUUAAGUCUGUGCUCUCACGGUUAUUCCUUUGAGAUUAUUGUUUAGGCCAACCAUAAGCUCCCAUAUUUACAAUUGCUUGAUCAAAUUAUCAAGGUUCCACUUUCUCGAAGACAGUGCAGUCGAAUUUUCUGCCCACAUACUCGAACAUUCAAGGCAUAUUUAUCAGUUUCCACAACAGUGUCCUUUUGCUUAAUUCUACUUUAAGUGUAGAGCGCUGUAAAUAAAAUGUGGCGCUUGAAACAUGGCUAAAAUCUGGACUUUCUGCUUUGAAGUUUAGCCGCUGCACACCACUUUAAUAUAAGGUUAAUUUUUAUUUAUUUAUUUUUUAAGUUAUUUUAUUUUCUUAUUUUCAAAGGGUCCAACAGGACCUCCUGGACCUCCCGGGCCAAUGGGUGAACAAGGUGAACAGGUUGGUAGAAAAAUGAUAUACUUUUUCCAAACAAUUCCAGUGGCCAGGAUUCUGAUUUCUCGCUUUUUACGUUCCUGAAAUCUUAGAGUCUCUUGAUUUGCUAAGAAAAGGUAGCAUGACUUGCUGUGACCAGCUACAAAAAUGAAAUUUAUUGAAUUUAAUGUUGUCACUUUUUAUAUUUAACGCAAUUGUCAUACAUCUGAAGAAUUUCUUUUUUCGUAAUGAGUUGUUGUGGCUACUGCCUCCUACAGGAGGCGAAGCCACAUAUGUUUACAAGAUGAGUGAGUUUAACAAUUCCGAUCUUAACCCAAUUUUGACCCGAUGUUUCCCAGUGCUAAUUAUUGUUUGUUUCUGAGUAUCUUAAUAUUUCCAAAUUCGCGCUCGAUACUCAGUUGAGUUCUCUGCUUUAUUUAUUUCUGGCUUUAAGCCACUAGCGUACUAUGUUUUCAGUUCUUGCCGUGACACCACGGAAGAGCAAUGGAUAAAACACUGACCCUAGUCCAUGUAUGAAACAGUAGUCUCAAAAAGGGAAUUGCAAUAAAAUAAUAAAUUCUUUGUGAUAAACAGGCGAAAUUAAAUGAAGCACAGAUAAUCAUUGUUGGAGUCCAGAGGAUAAGGCAACCAUAAGGCUUUCGAUCUAGCCCAUUUGAAUUAGUAUUUUGUUUCUAUUGUUAUCAUCAUUAUUAUUGUUAAUAGUAUUAUUUGUUGCUAUGUAAUUAUUGUUGAAUUUCAAUUAGACAUUGUAUUCUUGAAUCAUCUUUCUCUUGUGUACUCUAAACAGGGUACUCAUAAAUAUGUGAGAUGCGACAGGUUUUCUGUUUUGCAUGUGAGACAAAUAUUCUGAACACUACCUACCGUCAUUAUACAACCUCUAGUUCUUUUCAAUGCUAUAAAAAUUGUGCUAUACCAGUAGCCACAUGCAGUCUUUGACGGUUUGUUUUUUUACUUUUGUAGGGAUCUCCUGGGGAUAGUGGCGAACCUGGGCCUGAUGGUGAUGUUGGGCCAAUUGUAAGUCUGAAUCUUGUUUUGAAUUUAGAAGAAUAAAAAAUGAAACAGUCUUCAAUUGAAUUGCAAAAGUAAUCGAGGAUUGCAAAGGCUUUGCGCGCCGGUCACUCGGCCUAGUUUUUCACACACCUCAGGCCGUUUGUUCGUUUUCGCUAUGACCCCUUCUAGUCGGCUCUCUAGUGAUAUUUUCCUUUUUUCUGGUAGGUCAUUUGUCUUGGUUUAAUAAUACUCUGUUUUUACUGUAUGGUUUAUUUUUAGAUGCCACGCAGGUGAAUAACGCGCAGUGAUUGGCUAGUUCGGAAAUGGUUAGAGAGUACUUUUUACCUCCGAACAGUCGAAAAGACGAAAUUGCCUGUCAAGAGUUAAAUUUCGAACCAUUUUUCGGUAUUCUGAUAGAAAAAAAAUUUUUUUGCUUUGGUUCGCUAUGUACUAAACAUUCAUUCACCUCAGUGUCGGUGAAAGUGGUGGAUAUGUGCACUGUGUCUUAUUCUCUGAAGCCCGUCGCCCAAAAUAUGGCGUAACUUAAAAAAAGUAUACUGUCCCAAAUGUGAUUGACAUGCACCUUUGGCCUCGAAUAUCAAUACAUCUUCUAGCAGGCGAGUGACAAGAGUAUGAAAACAUAUCAGCUGGAGAUGAAGUAAUCUCACGAGAUCUUAAAGACCUAAUUACCUAAUUAAAAAAGAAAUGACGAGCGGUUUCAAGGAUAAAUUGGCUAUUAAAUCAGUAACAAACACAAUAGCUAAUGUUGCCUUCUCUUGGUAUAGGGACCCCCUGGAUCUCCUGGACAGCCGGGAACCGCUGGUUCCAUCGGAAGACCUGUAAGUUAACAUUUAUUUGUUAGAAGACACAAACUGGCGUAAUACGCAUAACAAGCGCCCGCGAGCUUUAGGUCACCCACACGCAGCGUGCACCAUUAUCGCGCGUGAAAGAGAGAGACAGAAUGUUUAGAUAGAGAGUCACAUUUUGAUGUUUUUUGUGCGCAAGUUGAUUAUUGCGCUAUGCCUUUGUGAUGGUGAUUUUUUAGCCAUUUAUUUUUCGAAGAUUUUUUUUCUUAUAACCAAUGGUGAACAUUUUGCUCAUAACGAGCUGAGGCUCUUUGUAUUGUACAUAUGUGUGUACCAGGAGGUGCUUAGAUCCUUCAUGCACACGUGGAAUUUUUUCUACUCGUUUUUACUUGCUAUUUGUCAUAAAUAGGGUUCCUCUGGACCACCCGGAGAAGGUGGAUCUCCAGGACCUAUCGGACUUCUCGUAAGUAAUUCAUUACUUGCUUAAGAAGGGGCGUGUUUAGGCUGCCUUGUUCCCUUGUCCCAUGUUUUGACGCAUGAUUGAGAACUGCUCUGAUUGAUUUGUACUCACUUGUUAGGGACCGGAGGGACCACCAGGUCCAGAUGGCGAGAGAGGACUGGACGGCCCAAAGGUAUGGUUGUAGUCAAUGUUUGGCAGCUAUUUAAAGAAAAAAAACUUAGCCAGAUAGUCGUAGUCUGUUCUUGAACCCAACAUACAUGCAACAAACGUGCUAACCCAUACAUUGUUAAAGAACUCAGUUUUAACGCAGUUUUUUGAAUGAAGCAGAGCAACUGUAAUGUUGUACAUCUGCACGUGAAAAUUGAAACUCAACGCACAAACAGAUUCCAUUCAAGCGGCAAUUUUUGAGUGACCUACUCACUUAGGUGUUAAUCACCCAAGCUAAUUAAUUUAGGAACUCGCUUAGUGUAGAAGACACAGUUGACGUAAGACAAAAGGGAAUAAAAAUACAAAAAACGAGGAAUGCAAGGAAAACUCAAGGUUAAUGAGGCGGUACUCCAUUAGGACGUAUCAUGUGUCUCUGUCGUAAUUUAUUUGUUGUCUUUCCUUCUUAGGGUGAUCCGGGUGAGCCUGGUGCCGACGGCAAGCAAGGUUUAGCUGGUCAAUCUGUGAGUCUUCCUACCAGCAGUUAUCAUUUUCAUUCAAAGCGUUUCUUUCCAUAGUUUUUAUUAAUGUGUAAGGUCAUUCUUAAGAGAUCAAGCUGUUCUUGCUGGAUUGUCUCCUAUUUUUCAUAGCAUGCCACGGAAUCAGGAGCAAACUUUCCUCCGAUUCCUGGAGGGAUACUUGUCCAGCGUAAAUAACCAUCAUCUCUUUCCCCCCCCUCCCCCCAAGUUUCCUUGAAAGUUUGUAGCGUUUAGUUGACGAAGAAAUUGAUGUUUUAAGAACCUUUACACCAAUAAGAAUUACGCAGCCCUCAUUUCAGUGUUACUCUACAAACUCAACUACCGUAAAGGCUUGGAGUAGUGAUAAAGUGAAGACAUAAGCUUUGGUUAAAUUGUGUUUUAUGUUACUUAAGUAAAGUAGUUAUUAUUUAUUAUGACAGAAAUCUUUGCCGAAACUUUCUUAGUGUAUAUUAAAAACAUUGCGGUAGACAAAACACGAAUAGAGAAAUCCAAGUCAGGAUAAAGUGACAUAAAGCACACAACGAACGGUUAUGAACGGUUUCUUUGAUUUUGUAACAGUAUGUCGUACUCUGAAAGUUUACCACAAACGGUGUGGACAAUUCCCCUUUGCAAUUCUGUAUCGUUAUGGACAAGUUUACUCUGAGGUUAUUUUUUCUCGGUGUUAACAGGGUCAAGAUGGACGACCUGGAGCUCGAGGAAAACCAGGAGAAACAGGCAGGCGGGUGAGGAUCGAGCUGAUUAUUUUUAAUUACUCAAAAUGAAUCACUCUUAGAUUCAAUGUAAAUAAACAAGACCACUUGAAAAUACCCUUCAGUUUUUAUCACGCGCCAAGACUUCAUUAUCUGGACAAAAAGGAAAGUGAACCACUAGUGAGUACUGCUCGCCACUUGACAGUAAUUCCCAGUAGCUUUCAUUCAAACAGUCACGCACAUGUAUCUGGUCCACAGACUGCAAAGUGAGAACUAUCUUGUACAGCUUUUAAUGAACAUUAACACAUAGAAAUUGCUUCCAGGUCAGGCACUAGGGUUACGUUCUUUGACUUUAACGUUAGGCCCACUUAAAACAGCAUAAUAAACAGUACCACACGGGAAAAUUACUCAUUCGUUUUCAUUUGAUGGUCACACAGUGGGAUUUUGCUCGUUUCCUUAAAAAUUAUCCACCUUGUACCGUACGAUAAUCAGUGUCAUUUGAAAGGCCGCUUAUGAAUUAAAUAUGAAAAGUGACGUGGUGCUGUUCCAAACUCGCUUAAAAGAUGCAGUAAAUUGUUCUAUCAGUCACACUUGUCUGUUAUUUUUUUCUCCAGGGACCUUCAGGCCCUCCUGGUCCUCCUGGGCCAAGAGGAGAUGCAGGGUCAUCAGUAAGUAUAUUUCUUCUUUCUGAUUAGCUGAGAGAAAUGGAGCUUGGAAGUAACUCUGACUUUGUCUUCCCUUUGUCGUUUCCAGCGUUGAAGGAAUUAAAGCUGAAUAACGAAUUGCAAUAAAUAAUUCACUAAAAAUUCAAACGAAAUUGAAGUUAGCGUAUCUUAAAAUCCAUCCGACCGAGAUUAACUCCGGUUGCAAAGCGUGAAGCAGGUAUGGUUACUUCCCAAGGGUGUAUGCUUAAUCCAAUGCAGUUUAUUACUAUUAUUAUUAUUUUCAAACAUGCAGUUAUUUCUUUCUGUAGGGAGGAGAAGGUGCUCGUGGUCCUCAAGGACCUCCUGGCAGCAAAGGACCACGGGUAAGUUUCACCCUGAAAGUGAAGAUUUGUUCGAUUUUAUUCCCGACAAAAGAGAAAAGAUUAAAUAUCCUAUGACGAUUUGCGCCAAAAUAUCAUCAAUCGCCUUCAAAGGUUGUUAUUUUCUGCCUUUGCGCGAUGAACUCUGGUAGACAAUUCCAAUCCUACUUUUCUAUCCAGACAAAUGGAGACAAGAACCGAAUUUCAUCCCGGUUUCAAUAACAUGAAGUGACAAGAAGUAUUAGAACUUCCAUCCCCACACCCCUGCGCUAAAAAGGAUGCUUGUCCAUCGCAGGGUUGCCCCCAGAAUCUUGGUGAGGUUUCGUGGUACCUACCUGUACGCCUUGAUGGUGCUGUGAUUGUGUGUGUAUGGGGGGGGCAAUGUGAAAGGCAAUUCGUGUGGGGGAAGGCACUGUGAAAGGCAAGUGGCGCUCUUACCACCAGGGCCUUGUAUUCAGUGUUUGUUUAUUUACUCGCGUUCCUUCGGAUUUAGGGAGAAGGUGGUGAUCCAGGUCAGAACGGAGUCGAUGGUUCGCCAGGAGAAGGGGUCUGUUAUCCUCUCAGUUAUUAUUAUAAUAUAUAACUAAUGAGUUUGAUAUUUUCUUGUUAUCAUCAUUAUCAUCAUCGCCAUUCUUAUUAUUAUGAAGUUUGCCUUCAUCACAUGCCCUAACGAGGCAUAGUGGCCAGACCCAUUCUCGGGUCAAGGGUUGUAAUGGAGUAGAAGUCUUUUUAUAGGAUAUUGCUUGUCUUAUAGGAUGGUGGAAAUAAUGUAAUAUUCAGUAGUUCUUGUAUUUUCACGUUAUCCGGAAUGUAUUUAUUGUAUAUCUCCAUCCGUUUCUUAACGAGUCUCAGGGUCUGCAAUCAUCAUUGGUACUGAUGUGGCUUUCAUAACUCGUUUCUUUUGAUCUUAAUAUCAAAGUCUUAAUAUUUAACCAGUCUUUUAGUAACCUUAUCUAAGGUGUUCGUGUCAGUCGGGAUGGAUAUCUCGAUUAGUAGUCUACUUUUUUAUUUUUGUUCUUGAUGACGAAGUCCGGUCGGAGCAUGUCUCUAGAUCUGUGUGUGCUGGAAUUCCCCUUAGAUUGUGGUAUUAUUCUACUCUGAUACAAUAAUCACUUGUCUGUUCCAGGCGUUCUGGUAUUAAAGGAAAUGCGAUAAUAAACAGAAGAGGAGGAAUGAAAAAAAUGUUGGGGUUAGGUCGCUUAAGAAGCACCGUACUUUAACCGACCCGACCCGACCCGACCCGACCCAAAAUUUUUCACUUCUGCGCUACUAUUGCGCCGUAGGCUAUUUUGCUCCGUUUAACGAACUGAACGCUUUGAAAUAAUUAGGCUAAAUAAUUACUUUCUUUUAUUAUUAUCGUCAUCUUAAUUAUAAUUGUUGUUAUUAUUAAUAUUAUUAUCGUCAAAGGUUUUUACAUGACUGAUAUUUUUUUCAUGUUUUGUUUUAGGGUCGCCCAGGACCUCCGGGCUCUCGGGGAAAACCUGGAUUCCCUGGCACAGAUGUAAGUUGCAAUGUUCAAAUUGUACUUUGUUUUCAAUAUUUUCUCUCAUUUUAUCGAUUCAUUUCCAUCCCUGUAUAGUCUUGGUGACCAUUUUCGGUACCCUCACCGAUUUUCUAUUUGUCAUUGUUCCGAGGAGCGAUUGUUUUUUACUAUAUGUACUCUGUUGUAUUUUAGGGAACGCCUGGUCAAGCCGGUGCCCCGGGUAACCCGGGUCUGCGCGGAGAAAAGGUAAAAACUAUUCUCAGGAGUUUUACUAGUUUGUAAAUUAAUUUGUAAACGAGGAGCCUAUAAUUUACGAUAGCAGUGUUCGAGUAAAUAUUAAAAUCGUCUUCAACAGGCAAUGGACAUCACCAAAAAAAUCUAUACAACAUCGUCGAGCGAUAUUGUUGUAAAGUAAAUUCAGCGUAUACAAACUAUUUUGACAUGGACUAAAUAAUCUUGAAUCCCGGAGUAGCUGUAAUCGAGCUCAAAGAUGAGACUAAAAAUUGUCAUCAAAAAGGAAUUGAAUUUCUUUGGAUUUGUGAAGAGUUUAAAACUGCAUGUACGUUUAGGAUAGUAAAUACUCAGGCUCAUCAGCUUCAAGGAGUAAUUUUAUCGCGCUUUUGUCGUUUCGAUAGAGUUUUUCAGAUCAGAGUUGAUCUGCUUCUUUGAUUUGCCGAUUUGUUUACCAAGUGAUGUCGUCAUACCCUAGGGUGAUAGAGGAUUCUCGGGGCUUGAUGGAGAUGAUGGUGCACCAGGACCUCGCGGAGGACCUGGGCAGAGAGGUUCCAUGGGAGACCGUGGACCAGUUGGAAGACAGGUACAUUUUCCGUCGUCAUGUGAUGACGUAAACUCAUUUGGAGACGUUUGAAGUAUGAUUAUGUUAUUUUGUCUCUGAGUUUGCUUCUGAAGUGUGUCGCAGUAUACACGAAAGGACUUUAAAAGGGCAAUUUUUUUUAUUAUCCGUUGAAUGUGAAGCACGUAGCAAUAGUCGUCAUUGGUUGAUUAUCAAGUAGAAGUUGAUAGGGGAGGAACAGUUUCAGAAAUAACUUGUUCUCUUGAUUGAUUGAGUUAUUUCGCCAGAAAAUAUUUACAAUGUUCAUAUGAGAAUAAUAUAAUCAUUAUCUCAUUCCUGGCGAGGAAGCCUAGGGGCUAUGCCUGUGAGCCCCCCCCCAACUAAGACCAAAAGGACAGUUUUCGUGUGUGGGCUUUUAUUAACGUAACAUAGUUAAGAUCAAAAGGUCAAAAAAAAAGCCAAAAAAAUAGUUUAAAAGUCCACAAAAAAUACAAAAAACCUGGACACCAAAAGCAAGCGAGCAGACACAAAAAACAACUUAAACCACUCUUAUGGUGAAAAAGUUAAUGCGCUUGUUGCAUCUGAGCCGAUUCCAUUGUAAACCAGUUUUAAUCCGUGAUUUUUGUCUUUAGGGCGCUCCAGGCGAGAAUGGCCCAGACGGUGAACGAGGACUUGGUGGUAGUUCUGUAAGUAUGCUAUUUAGUGUAAACAACAGUUUUGCUUUCUCCACCACUUCUAACUUUGACUGUAUGGUGCCUGCUCCUGUUCUAGGGACCGAUAGGAGCGAAAGGAGUUCGUGGACUCCAGGGAAGCAAGGGAGAGAAGGUAUGGACUCAAGUUAAUUCAAGAGUGCCUUAACUUAUGUGAUAAGCAAAGCUUUCUAUUUUACCGUGUGCACGAUGCCAUGAGCGCUAAGACACGCUGAUGGUGAAUGAACUCCCAAAACUGACCGAAAUUUUCAACUCCCUACCAUACGUAGAUCUGUAACAUUUAUUUGAAUAGCCAAACAUUUGUGAUUACACGUCACUAGGAUUUAGGCAAAAACAAUAACACCAUUUUGAAGCCUUAAAAAGAAAAAAAUGACAAAGGAUCGAUCUCUUAUGAAAAUAUCAUAUUUUAUUGUCAGGGUGUACGUGGUAUGCAGGGCUCGCCUGGACGCAUAGGUCUCCAAGGCCGACUGGUAAGCAAGACUUCAUAAAAAAGAUGGUAAAAGUAAUAAUGAUAAUAAUAAUAAUAGUAAUAAUAAUAGUAUUAACAAUGAUAAUAACAAUAAUAAUAAUAAUAAUAAUAAUUAAAAUCGUCAUUAUUAUUAUUAUUACAAGUUGAAGGUUUAUUAGACAGUACUAUCGUUAUUGUUAUUAUUAUUAUUACUAUUAUUAUUACUCUUAUCAUUAUUAUCAUUGUUUUUCCCUUAACUUUGGAAUGGGCUUAACUCCAUCAAGGGCAGCCACUCAAAUAGAGUAACAGAAACGCAGCUAUUUGCACAGAAACAGUUACAUGAUGGCAGUCACACAGAGCCAUUCAUAGAAACGCAGCUCCUUGCACAAAAACAGUCACAUAAGGGUAGUUACACAAAGCAAGUCACCGAAACGCAGCCACCUGCACAAAACCAGUCACACAAGGGCAGUCCACCCAAAGCCAGUUACGUAAACCUAGCAACUUUCACAAAAUAGUCAGACAAGGGCAGUCACAAAAAUAGAUUCACGCUAACGCAGCUACUUCCAAAAAAACCGUCACAAAAGGGCAGUUACGCAAAGCCAGUCACGCAAACACAGCCACUUGCACAAAGAGAGGCACACAAGGGCAGUCACACAAAUCCAGUCACGUAAACGCAGUUAAAUCCACAAGAACAGUCACACGAGGGCAGUAGCACAAAUCUGGUCACGUAAUUGCGGCUCACUGCGCAAAAGCAGUCACACGAGAAGUAGUAUCAGAGAGGUAGUCCCACUGUGUCUUGUUAGUAUCAUCAAACGAGAGUUUGAGGUAGACUGUUCACAGACCUAUUUUCUCUUCGAUCGUCGUUUAGACUGCAAGUGAAAUUAGGGCCCUCUGGUAUAUAAAUAAACGGUUUUGGAAAGGCCAGCGGAGAGCAAGGGGUUUCUAUUUGCUAAACUCUUCUCACUUUGACGAAACAUCUCGUCUUCAGCACUGCUCAUUAUUUGGUAACCAUGACGACCAGAUAAGGGAUAAUUGAUUGUGUUUCUUCUUUUUAUCAGGGAAAGCCAGGAGUCCCAGGCUUCAACGGAGAUUCAGGACCACCAGGAGCCACGGUUUGUAUAAUGAUCAAAAAUCUCAAUCUGUUGUCGUGGUAUCAGAAAACAAACACUGAGUUGUCACAAAGUUACUCGUCCGUUUCUCUUUUGUUCAGAGCUGGCUCUAAGAAGACAAAUCCUUAUUUCCCAAACUCUGUCUCCCAUCUCUUUGUUUUAUAUUUUUUUGUGUGCGGCUUGUUAGCUAACUUGGUAGAGCACUUCACUCAGUUGGUAGAAUACUGGUUUCAAAUCACGUGCAGGCCUGAAUUUUUAUUAGGCCUUUUUUUCUCUUCUGCUUAAGUGGUGUUCAUUUCUGUUGAGAUCGUUUUCUUACUCAUUUCUUAAUCUGCAGUUCACAGAUAUAAUUUCAUAUUAAGAGUUAUAAAGUGCAAAAUAAUGCUUUCGUUCUACUUGUAACACGAAGCAAAUCAUAAGAAUCAUUCCUUUCUUAUUUUAGGGAGACUCAGGCCCUCCUGGUGAACCCGGACAGGAUGGUUUCCAGGGCCUACCGGUGAGUUGCUAAUUUCAUUGUUUUAUUGUUGUUGUGUGUCAAAAUGAGGAGUGAAAACUGAAAUCCAAGACCUCUGGAGUCAUUCUGAGUAAUUAAGAUAGUCUCUCGCGAGCAUUGCUUUUCUUUUUUUCAUUAAUUCAGGCAGAAAUAUUGGAUUUUUGUGUUUUGUUCGUAGGGCCCAAAUGGAGUCAAAGGAGCUAGAGGAAGACCGGUGGGUCUCACACCUUUUUUAUUCUCUUCACUAAAUGAAAAAGCAUUGAUUCUCAUUCUUCGCUGAGUCUUCCUCUGCAGCAGAGGUUGAAUCAAGUGCUGUAUUUGAUAAAAGUUGUCAUAACCAGUCUGUAGCGUAAGUUGCCCAAAACCAAACAGAAACUGUCCGGGAACAAAUAUCCAAGCAUAUUUUCGCGCCUUAUGGAGGCUAUUUUUAUGAGUACCACAACAAGAACUUGGCUUGAUUUUGACUACAAAAAAGCCUUGUUUUGUUGCUAGUAGCACUCUCAAUCAUCCGUGUAUGAUCUUGAUUGUGCGAAUAACAAAUUAUUCAAUAAAUGUCAUUUGAAUAUUAAUAGUGGUCGCCAUAAAUUUUAGGGAAACAGCUUAUAAUACUUUCCUCUCACAAGAUGUUUCUCUAGAGUUUAUUGUGUUUAGGAGAAAUCACUUAAUGUUACCUUAUUUAUUUAAAAUCGAAAAAUGUUUUGGUAUCUCUCUAUGUUUUUAUCUUCUUAUAUUCCUGUUUUUUUAUUUUCUUUACAGGGCCCAAGGGGAUUCGGGGUAAGAUAAAUAUUAUCUUAACUGAUCGGUUAAAUGAUGGUUUCAAAAACAUUUGGAGAAAAUUUUACAGGAAAGUCUUUCGUUUCGCAGAAGCUAUGCUACAUGCAACCUUAUUUUCACUGCGAAACCCAUAGCACGUUGAAUUGACCUGUCAGUCGUUAAUUGACCAAUCACAAUAGGGUUCGGGACUCGUUAACGAAUAACAAACCCUAAACUAAUUAUCGUUCGGGUUAGUUCUCUUGCCUUAUUUCUUUGAUACAUAUUCCUUACCGCAAAUAAUUUCUGUUUGCACUGUUUACCGAGUUUCAUAAAAGGCUCGGCCUCUCUUGUGGUCCUGCCUCAACAUGAAGAAGCACGGAGAAUAAGUCGUGAUUAUUGUGGUGACCCUAAAUUUUGUAAAUCUGUCGUAAAUCCAAUCGAAAUAAGCGUAGAAGUUUUUCAUUUUUCACGACGAAACUUGACACUAAUCCUCGUGAUUUUUGUGUGUGUGUGUCCAUUUUAAUCGUAUUCUCUUUUUCCCGACAGGGAACACCAGGGAAACAGGUAAGUUAUUCUCAACGAUUUUCAGUGCACUACGUAGUGUUGCUUAGUUUCUGUUAACUUUUAAUGGUCAAUUUCAAGUAAAUACUUAGUUCAAUGUACACUUUUUCGUAAUCUUCUUUUGCAACACGUCAAUGCUCAUUUCAUAGUGUAUUGCUGUUUCUCAUACAGGGACCCCCGGGACCUCCAGGAGAACGUGUAAGUGCUAAGAAUUAGCAAUUUGUAAGGAGGAGUAUUUAGGAUUUUGUCGUAAAGUCUUUAAGAGAAUUCAUCAAACAACGCAGUUUUGACUAAAAUAUGCAGUCAGCGACAUGAAUGAGCAGGGAAACAGAAAGUUGGUGCUUAAGAAGCGCGGGAAACACGAAGCUAGGAACAGGCGCGGGAAAAAAUGGAACCAGAGACAUGCGCGGGAAAACUGGUAUCCAGGGUUAAGCGGCACUGAAGCAAAGGCACUCGCCCCCACUUUAUUUCAUUUUCUUCUUCCAUUAUAAACCAUAAACAAAUCGUACAAAAGCUUUUAUGGUGAAUUAACGCGAAGAGCGAGUGAAAUAAGCGCCUACCAAAACUGGGGACAGUCUAUGUGCCGGUGAACCUGCUAAGUUGUGGCAUCUCUAGAACCUCUAUAUAGUUGUCUUUUCCAAAAGCAAUGUAGCGGAGAGUAAUAAGAGCUGUUGUAAUUGUUAGGGUGAACCUGGCUAUCCAGCUCCCAGACAAAUACGUACGAGCGUUGGUGGUCCACCCAAGGGUCCAGGCGGCCCCGGACCAGGACCUAUUGAGGAGGAGACUGAGGAGGAAGUAGAGCCUGAAGGAAGGGUACGUCCAGCUGGAAUGAUUGACUGACUGAGGGACUUGCUGACUGACUGAUUGCUUGAUGAUUGAUUGAAUAAUUUACUGUGGGACUGAUUGAUUGAUGAUGGAUUGGUGAACAUCUAAUUGAUUGAAUGACUGACUGACUGACUGACUGACUGACUGACUGACUGACUGACUGACUGACUGAACAAACGAUUGAAUAAACGUUUGAGAGCUUGAAUGACUUAAUGUAUGUGCAAUCAAUAAAUAUGCGUUGAUUAAGUAAAAGAAAAAAGGCGUUUCGAUUAGGUUUGUGUUGUUGCAGUGUCCAUCUUACUUUUGCUGACAUGAGAUUAACCUUUUUUUGUUUAAUUACUUGUCCGCAGAAACGACGAUCAGCUGUAUCCGAGGUGUGUAACUUGCCAAGAUCAUUUCUUGCAUUUAGAUUCUGUGAUGAAAGAUUAGAUUAGAUUUGAUUUGUGACUGGUUAGUCUUGUGAGAUUUUCCUCGGACUUGAGCCAGGCAUGAAUAUGAUUUAAGACAAACAAUGAGAUAAGAUUUUCCUCACUUCCCUUCUAGCUCCUUUCUUCUUUUUUUCUUUCCUUUUCUUUUCCUUUUUCCCUUUUUCCCAAAAUGCUGCUGUUAGAUUUAAAGAUAUCUCCGAAAAAGGGCCGUGAGAAUAUAACAUAACAAUGGGCAGUUUGCUUUUCUUCUCUUUUGUCCUUCAAACUUCCCCCUGUGCGUCUUUUUAGCAAUUGAAUAUUGAGCUUUCGAGUCCUUUUGCGUGAUGAUUCGCCCUCAUCGACGGUCACGCAUAGAGGUCGAGAGCGAAUAAUGUAAUUGUUUCGUGUAAAUGUGAUAGUUGUUAUUAUACAGUUAUUAUUAUUAUUAUUAUUAUUAUUAUUAUUAUUAUUAUUAUUAUUGUUAGUGUUAUAUUAAAGCAAAUCUAUACUGUCAUUAGGAGAUGCAAGUUUUGGACCGUAUCGCCGAGCUUUCCCAGAAGAUGUAUGAUGUGGAACACCGUGACAAUUCACGGUAUUUCCCUGCUAAAACUUGUAGAGAUCUUCAGCUGUGUCACUCUGGUAUUGGACUCAAAGAUGGUGAGAAAGGCUUACAUAUCGCUCUCAAGAUUUGAUGGCUGAGUUUUUUACUUCUUUGAAGCAAAACAAUUUUAUUUUCCAAUGUUAACUCCAGGCAAUUAAGAUACUGUUCACAAAAAUCAUCGUUUAGAUAAAGUUUGGUUAAAAUCCAAAUGGUUUAAAACGUGAUUUGAUUUUUGUGUAGUUAACUUUUUCUUUAUCCAUUUUCUAAUGUAUGACGAGUACAGUUAUACAUUUUUUUUCUGAUUUGAUUCAGGCGAAUAUGAUAUCGACCCCAAUGGUGGAUCUCCAAAUGACCAGAUCACUGUACACUGUAAUUUUACCAACCAAGCCACUUGCAUCAGACCUAAAAUGACAAAGGUUUGUGACAAAAUUCUGCGUGGGUCUCGUCUAGAGAAGGUUCAAAUCUAAAAGAAUAUAAAAGUCACUUGUACGAGCUAGCGAUUGGUUCAAGUUUUAGCUGUCUCUGAUAGGUUCAAUUUAAGCUGUAUCUGAUUGGUUCAAUUUUAGCUGUUUCUGAUAGGUUCAAUUUUAGAUGUUCUGAUUGGUUCAAGUUUUAGCUGUAUCUGAUUGGUUCAAAUUUAAGCUCUAUCUAAUUGAUUCAAGUGUAAGCUUUAUCUGAUUGGUUCAGGCAUUAGUUUUCUCCGAUUGGUUCAAGUUAAAGCUGUAUCUGAUUAAUUCACGUUUUAGCUGUAUCUGAUUGAUUUGAAUUUUAGCUCUAUGUAAUUGGUUCGAGUUUUAGCUGUAUUUGAUUCAGUAGUUCAUGUGUAAGUUGUAUACGAUUGGUUCAAGUUUAAGCUGUAUCUGAUUGAAUCAUUGAGCACGUGGUUUCUCAACCGAUUGCGGCGCCAAUCUUUUGGUACAGGAAUCAUGUAUAUGUUUGUGUUUUAGAUUCCCAAGAGUACCUGGAAAACCCAAGUAGAUCCUAGAAUGAAAGUCGCAUGGUUUUCUGAGGACUUAAAUAAUGAGAACAAGGUUAGUUUACGAUCUGGAAUAAAGUCAUUUGACGAUAAUCCCAUUGAAAAUCUGAAUUACAAAGAAAAUAAGCGUGGUUGGGAACUUAACUUUGGGUUUAAAAACACUUAACGAAAGAAAAAACCAUCAAAAAACUGGAUAGACUUGCAGUAUUAAAUCGUAAAGUUUCGGGCGUCGCCACCGCACAUUUCUAUAGUUCAUGUCAUACAUAUAAUCAGUACCGACGUGAAGAGAAAUAAUCCAAUUGGCAGGAAGGAACAGCCUUCUCCGAUAUCAGGCAAAUAUCUAGGCAAACGACAGGAUUCUUUAUUAAUAAACAAACUCUCCUUGUCUGCACCUGGUAUUCAUCGUUGUAUGUUUAUUUCCACUAGAUUGAAUACGAUAUUGACGACAUCCAACUGUACCAUCUACAACUGCGUAGUAACCACGCCCAACAGGAGUUCACCUUCAAAUGUAAAAACUCGGUGGCCUGGUACGACCAAAGCGCCCGCACUUUUAAGAAAGCGGUUAAAUUUGAGGGUGUGAACGGCCACGAGUUUAGCUCCAAAUCCAAAUCAAAGAAAGCCAUGAUCAAGGUUCCCAAUGACGGUUGCAAGGUAAGAACUCUCCAACCUGACUUUUCAUCAUUUGAUUAUAGCUUAUAUAACAUGGUAUGAAAAAGGCUCGUCAUGAAAAAAUUUCGAAGCUUUCAUUCGACAAGUCACACACAUAUUAUUCACUGACAUACAACCAUCUUGCACAGAAUAUUAUGAAAGGAGUACCAAACGAAAAAAAACUGUUAGAUAACUUUUAUUUGGAUUGUCCCACGAUGAGGUUUAAUCCCCAGUUAAAGGGAGAGAACCAUCCUCUUAUGCUCAGUGAACAGUAUCACUUGAAAGUAAUGCUCACUAGUUUUUACUGAAAGGUCAUAAAACAAAGGUUUCGUUCAGAAACAAAAAAGGUUAGAACCGCCUAAAGGAGCUGAGUAGUUUAUGAUCACCACAAGAUAUUAUCUUGUAACACACUGGUUCUUUUUUUUUCUAAGAUGGGUGAAAUUUUACCUUAAACAUUUUUUUAACUAAACCUUUUAUAACUAUGGAGUCUUAAUUAAAAUAGGUGAUUGUUUUCAGACCCUUCUGGUUUUUAUGAAAGCGUUUUUCUUGUAUGUAGAGGAGAGGUCACCUCCCGACCCAUCUCUCUCCUCUCUCCACCAUCUCUGACUCUCCUCUUCUACCUGUUACAACGAAGCCGUGCAGUUCGGUGAUUUACUGAGUUAAAAAAUUUUACGUUAGUCUCCCGUUUUCCGCCCUCGUCGUUCCCGCUUUCCACCCUUUCUCCUCUCGUCUCCCGAACUUAUCCCCUCCUCAACCCCACUACCCUCUCUUUCCCUGAACUCCUCACCUGUAGACCGAAGUAGUUCGACAGUAUUAAGAAAGUCAUCUUUUUAUUUUCUCUUUCAUUCAUCUUUUCCUUCUCACCUGACGGCGUUUUCUUUUUUUGUCAGGUGAAGGAUGGAUCUCAACGCAGCACCCAAUUUGUUGUUACAACCACACAAGCCUCCCGGUUGCCGAUUGUUGACUUUGCUGCGUACGAUUUAGCUGGAGAACUAGAGGUUGAAAUUGGUGAAGUUUGUUUCUGGUGA